AUGUUCAAUCUACAGCUGCAGACUCCAACAGCUGCAGACUCCCACAGCUGCAGACUCCCACAGCUGCAGACUCCAACAGCUGCAGACUCCAACAGCUGCAGACUCCCACAGCUGCAGACUCCCACAGCUGCGGACUCCAACAGCUGCAGACUCCCACAGCUGCGGACUCCAACAGCUGCAGACUCCCACAGCUGCAGACUCCCACAGCUGCAGAUUCCAACAGCUGCAGACUCCCACAGCUGCAGAAUCCCACAGCUGCAGACUUCAACAGCUGCAGACUCCCACAGCUGCAGACUCCAACAGCUGCAGACUCCAACAGCUGCAGACUCCAACAGCUGCAGACUCCAACAGCUGCAGACUCCCACAGCUGCAGACUCCAACAGCUGCAGACUCCCACAGCUGCAGACCCCAACAGCUGCAAACUCUUACAGCUGCAGACUCCCACAGCUGCAGACUCCAACAGCUGCAGACUCCCACAGCUGCAGACUCCAACAGCUGCAGACUCCCACAGCUGCAGACUCCAACAGCUGCAGACUUCAACAGCUGAAGACUCCAACAGCUGCAGACUCCCACAGCUGCAGAAUCCCACAGCUGCAGACUUCAACAGCUGCAGACUCCCACAGCUGCAGACUCCAACAGCUGCAGACUCCCACAGCUGCAGACUCCCACAGCUGCAGACUCCAACAGCUGCAGACUUCAACAGCUGCAGACUCCCAUAGCUGCAGAAUCCCACAGCUGCAGACUUCAACAGCUGCAGACUCCCACAGCUGCAGACUCCAACAGCUGCAGACUCCAACAGCUGCAGACUCCCACAGCUGCAGACUCCAACAGCUGCAGACUCCCACAGCUGCAGACUCCAACAGCUGCAGACUCUUACAGCUGCAGACCCCAACAGCUGCAAACUCUUACAGCUGCAGACUCCCACAGCUGCAGACUCCAACAGCUGCAGACUCCCACAGCUGCAGACUCCAACAGCUGCAGACUCCCACAGCUGCAGACUCCAACAGCUGCAGACUUCAACAGCUGCAGACUCCCACAGCUGCAGAAUCCCACAGCUGCAGACUUCAACAGCUGCAGACUCCCACAGCUGCAGACUCCAACAGCUGCAGACUCCCACAGCUGCAGACUCCAACAGCUGCAGACUCUUACAGCUGCAGACUCCAACAGCUGCAAACUCUUACAGCUGCAGACUCCCACAGCUGCAGACUCCCACAGCUGCAGACUCCAACAGCUGCAGACUCCCACAGCUGCAGCAUCCAACAGCUGCAGACUCCCACAGCUGCAAACUCUUACAGCUGCAGACUCCCACAGCUGCAGACUCCAACAGAUGCAGACUCCCACAGCUGCAGCAUCCAACAGUUGCAGACUCCCACAGCUGCAGCAUCCAACAGCUGCAGACUCCAUGGAUUGUGCUGCAUCAAAGUGGCCCAGACUUUUCAUCUGGUUUUAACAGAUGUGACCCUUAUCAAUGUGUUUGGAAAAUACAAUUCAUGUUGA